AUGUCUUCAGAAAUCAUUAGUAAAUUUUCUGAUCCAGAACUGGUGCCGCAUGUUCUACUGGAUACAACAUUGCCCAAAUACAAGUCGACGGAGCAAUUGCCCGAACUCCAGUCCUCGGCUUCACAACUGCUCUCUCAACUGGACACAUAUUCUCAAGACAUCACAUACCAGCUAGAAACGGUUCUUUCCGAGUUGGUACGAGCGAAAUCGCGGUUGAAUUAUGAAAUAGAUCUUCUGAAAAGCGAUUUAAGCGCGCUUUCGAAUACAACAUCUAUAGAAGCACGUACGCAGAUUGAAGCGGCCUCAGGGUCAGCUAGAACAGCUAAAGUGAUUUCGAGACUCGAGAAACUAGAUACUGUUAAACGAAAUAUGCAAAAAACGCAACAAAUAUUUACCGAAGCCAAGAAUUUUGACGAGUCUAAAAUCACUUCAACAGUACUAUCGCUAGUGGAGUCUGGUGAUAUAGAGGCUGCGUUAGCCAAGCUGGAUUCCGCGUCUGAAAUCUGUUUAGUAUGGAAGGGCACUGCUUUAUAUACACAGCGAACCAAGUUUAUUGCCGGUCUUCGCAAACGAGUAGACGCAAUAAUUGCCGAAAAGCAUCGCACAUCCACGUCUACACCCCCGCCAUCUGGUCUAUCGCAACUACAAUCACAAUCACAGCCCUCGACAGGUACUACGCCUCAACCGCGGUCUUCGACGGCCAGUCCAGUUUCCUCAACUACAGCAGACAGCUACUACUCGCUUAUUGGGCAGUUCCAGAAAAAGAUUUUUUAA